AUGGCCCCCAACUUUCUCCAAAAGUUCGUCAAGUCUAGCACCACUUCGACCAACUCUAGCAACAAUACACCGCGGGAAAGAGUCUCUUCGGACGUAUAUUCGUCUCUGCGCUCGCCGAGUGAGACCGGAUCGUCUUCUUCUCAAGCGCAUUCGAGCGGAAGCGGGAGUGGGACCACUUCACCUGGAGGAAGAGCACGCGCGGCGACGAUUCAGACAGCGAGCGGCUCCUCAUCUUCGCUUACCUCGCCGACUACGCCGACCCAGGCGAGUGUCAUCUUAAAGGGUGUACAACAACAACAACAGCAAGCGCAAUCGGGGAGGAGGUCGCCGUCAAGAAGGAGCAGCACCAACAACAGCAGCGACAGGGAGCGUGAGACGAGUCGAAUUCCGAGCAUUAUCACGACGCUGAGCGGGCGCAGUCGGAGCAAGGGCAGCAAGGACAAGGAGAAAGAGAAGAAGAAGAAAUCGGACAAGGAGAAGAACGCUAACGCAAACCGCGACUCCCUCACCGUUCAGAACCACCACACCCCCCUUAGCGCCGGCGACCGCACGAGCUGGGGCAGCGCGUACAGCUCUCAGCCUAACUUUACAAUCGUCCCGCCCUCGCCGCUUGUGCGUAACGGGGAUUUAUAUUCAUCUGAUUCGGACGCCUACGACAACGAAAACGACAACGACGCCGCCACAACCCACUCGAACACAAACACGAACUUCAACGGCGCGAGCCCGAACACAGCGGAGGAUCAGGAUAGCGCUGCGACGCCUACUUUGCCGAGCUUUAGUGGUAGCGCGAGCCAGUCAGGGGCAUCAAAAAACAUCCACGCCACUCCCUCAAAUUCAACAUCCAGCACGUCCUCUACUCCUAACACCUCUUCCUCCUUUACCAACAACUCCUCUCAUACCUCUUCGUCCAAUACCAACACAUCCAACACCUCUGACCACGACGCCUCCGACCACGACAUGUCCAACCUUGCCCCCGGCGCAUACCAAGUCCGCAAAAAACCCUCGAACCGUUCCAUCAAAAACGGCGCUGCGCCUCCCGAAAUCAACGUAGCGGCCGCAGCCGCGACGCUGGGCGGUGCGCCGCAGGCCGUGAACGGGAGCACAGCAAAUGGCAGUGGUGAGGGAGCAGGAGGGGAAGAGCCAGUGAACGGCGCGGUGACGCAGCGCCCGAUAGUGGAAAGUCCAACGGACUUAAAAUUCCCUGCACCUGCCUCGUCUGGGAGCGGGAUGACAGCAUCGACCUCCACCUCUACGACCGCCUCCUCUGCAAACUCGAACCUCGGCGCUCCGUCCUCAUCAACCACCCUCCAGCGCGAAAACACAACCUCGUCAUUGUUCUCCCCUGACGCCACAACCAAAAGCAAACGACCGUGGAAGCGCAGCACGACGCGCAAACCCACCGGCCUCGCGAGCGCUAUUGCAGCGAGCGGGCUGGCAAUGGCGAACCCGUCGCUGAGCGCGGCGCAGAGUGCGCAGAUGCCCGUUGUACCUGUCCCGCCGCCGGCGCUGUCUGCUGGGAGCUCGAAGGACAAGGAUAGCAAUGACCCGUACCUGUCGAGAAGCCCUGCGCAGAGUGCUGUGAGUACAGGUAAAGGCCGGCAUACUAAAAGCAGAAGUGGAGAAACGUCACCGCGCAGCUCAAAGUCUCGGAAAUCGAGCAUGGGCUCGCCGCCGAGGAGCGGGACGGGGCGGUCGCGGCGCGCGUCGUCUGCAAAGUCGACGGAUGAAUUUGGCGCGCUCCAUCCUUCGUCGUCUAACCGCGCGAAUGGUGGCAACGAUGACACUGGCUCGAAUAUCUCUCGGCGACCGUCGUUCUACAAGUCACUGAUCUCGCAUUCGUCGUCGGGUUCGUCGGAUUCGGAUUCGGAUUCGGGGAGUGUGGAUAGUAGUGAUUUGGAUAUUGGGGAGGAGGAUAUACCUGUGACUGGAUUUGCGGUGGCGAGCAAUAAGAGGAAUGCAGACUUUCAUGAAUUGUUUCCUGGGGUGCCGGAGGGUGAUUAUUUGAUUGAAGAUUAUGGAUGUGCUUUGCAAAGGGAAAUCCUCAUCCAAGGCAGGAUAUAUAUAUCCGAAAACCAUAUUUGCUUCCAUGCAAAUAUUUUUGGGUGGAUUACGGAUGGAGAUGGCGGACAUGACGCUGUGCAGGUCUCAGCGUCUAGUUCGUUCACGCUUGUAUCUUCUUCGUCUGGGUCUUUGUUAACGUCGGCGGUAGCACCCGACGCGAACUGCUCUAUCUCCUCUUCUCUGGAUACCUCUUCCUCUUCAAAAACAAAUGCUGACUCUUCUUCCCCCUCUCCCCCUACCCCCACCACCUCUCUCUUUGCCUACCUAACCCACCAGCUUUCCAUCCCCAUCUACGAAAUCACCUCGCUUGAGAAGAAAAUGACAGCCUUCGUCAUCCCGAACGGAAUCCAAAUCACCACGCGUCAGGCCAAGUACACCUUUGCAUCCUUCCUCUCCAGAGACACAACGUUUGAUGUCAUCUAUAACAUCUGGAGGCUCGCAAGGCCGGAGGACAAUGUGUCGUAUCUGUCAAGUGGGCGAGGGUCCGGGUCUGUGGAGGCGAAUCAGGGUGCGGUUGGGAGAAAGGCCAUGGAUGGGGCGCCGUCGACGAAUGCUAGUGGGGGUGCGCCUGCUGCUGCUGCUGCAGCUGCGCCAUCUGCACUGACAGGGGUGCCGCAGCGAAAGGCGACGCAAUGCACAUGUGGAAAGGAGAACAAGCAUUAUUCGGAGAUGGCGAUGGACGUGACCUUCCCUGGUACACCCGAGAAGAUCAAUAGUUUGAUGUUCACGAGCGGGUUUAUCAAGGAUUUCAUGGUUGGGAACCAGAAGCUGCUUGACAUCCAAAUGUCCGACUGGUCGCCCGUCGUUCCAGGUUCCAAGCUGCUCACGCGCAACUUCUCCUACAUCAAACCACUAAACGGCUCGCUCGGCCCGAAGCAAACGAAGUGUGAGCUCAAAGACGAGAUGGUGUACUGCGAUUACGACAACUAUGUGUCGACGGUGACUACGACGCGUACGCCGGAUGUGCCGAGCGGGGGCGUGUUUUCGGUCAAGACACGGACGUGUGUGACGUGGGCGGGCCCGAUUAGUACGAGGGUGUUAGUGACGACGCAGGUGGAGUGGACGGGAAGGAGCUUCAUCAAAGGUAUCAUCGAACGCUCUGCCAUCGACGGGCAAAAGGUUUACCACGCUGAACUUGAAAAGUGCAUGCGCUCAUACAUCCAAGAACACAAAUCCGAGUUCUUGCCAGAGGGCAUCGAUGCAUCCGCUGUCACCCCCGCCGAGGCUGCGCCCGCGCCCUCUGCUCCCGAUGCCACGACGGCAGCUGCUGAGUCACCCUCGGAGAAGCCCUCGCCAACCCAAGACGAGCUGAAACAGCGCGAACGCGAGCGUAACGCGCGCGGGUUGCAGUGGGCGUGGGAUACGUUCGAUGGCGCGUGGCAGGUCGCGCUGCGCAGCACUAAGGGCGCGUUAGAGCUUAUCCGCGACGCGUGGGACCAGAGCUCGAGCACGACGAUUCUGUGGUUUGUCAUUGUUGUACUGGUGCUGAGCAAUAUCUGGACGCUUAUGCGCAUGGGCUCCGGCCGCGCGCAGGCGGACCGCAAAAUUGAGGUGCGCAAGGUCGAGGAGAGGGAGAAGUGGGUGCAAAGCAUCGUUACGGCACUGUGGGAUGAGUUGAAUGAGAAGGCUGCGGAAGCAGGGAAGCCCGGGUUGCCAUAUAGACAUGGGCAUGGGCAGCCUGUACGACCUGUGGCGUCGGAACAGGUGCCGUUGGAGACGAUACCUACAGCGUCGGUCUUGCCAUAUCCCGAAGACGACCUGGAAGCGCGCAGGGUAAGAAAGGCUCAUCUUGAGCUGGAAGUCCAACAGCUAUACCAGUCCCUCGAGGCUCUCGAACAACGGGUGCAAAGCAUUAAGCAAACCCUGGCAAACGAUCUGGUUAUAGAUCAACUGGAUUAA